AUGGGUCUCUUUGGCGGCAACAAGAUGCCAGUGCAGGGCAAGACUGUUCUGAUUACUGGUGGAUCGGAGGGCAUGGGUCUCGCCGUUGCGACGCAGCUCUCUGCCAAAGGUGCCGAUUUGAUCCUCGUCUCCCGCAGUGCAGCCAAGCUUGAAGAAGCCAUCAAGACGGCCAAGGCCGCCGCUAAAUACCCGUCGACACAACGAUUUCACUACAUCACCGCUGAUGUCUCCGUGCCCUCGUACGCCGACGGCGUCGUCGCCGACGCCACGGCAUGGAACGGCGGCCGCGCACCCGACAUUGUCUGGUGCAUCGCCGGCGUCUCCGUGCCCAAGCUCUUUGUCGAGACCGAGGCAGUGCUACUGCGCCGGCAGAUGGAUAUCAACUUCCACGGGACCGCCGACAUGGCGCACGCCAUCCUGCGCGCCUGGCUCGCCCCCGACGCCGACGCGACCCCUCGACACCUCGUCAUGACAUCCAGCGCCGCCGCCCUUUACACCAUCCCUGGCUACGCGGGUUACGCCCCUUCCAAGUGGGCGCUGCGCGGCCUCGCCGACACGCUCUCGCAAGAGGUGCUACUCUACCCGCAGGACGUCCGCGUCCACAUCGUCUUCCCCGGCACCAUCCUCUCGCCCGGCUUCGAGGUUGAGGAACGCACCAAGCCCGCCAUCACCAAGCAGCUCGAGGCCGCCGACCCCAAGCAGACGCCCGACGAGGUGGCGCGCGCCGCCAUCCGCGGCCUCGAGACUGGGCACUUCAUGAUCGUGGUCAACUGGCUCGGUCAACUGAUGCGCUUCGGCGUCAUUGGUGGCUCCCUCCGCAACAACUGGAUAAUCGACACCCUCGGCGCCUGGCUGGUGCCCAUUAUCUGGAUCUUUGUGCAGUAUGAUCAGGUCAGCACCGUGCGCAGCUUUGGCAAGAAGCACGGUCAUCCCAGCACGUAUACCAGUAUCCAAAAGUGA